CCAGCCUGGCGCCCCGCCCCGCCACGCCCCUCGCCUGCCAGGCGGCCUCCUGCACCCGGGAGCCGCCAGCUGCCACUGCUGCAGCCAGCGCGGGGAACCCUCCUCGGAUCCGCCGCGCACAGCCGGAAGGGAAGAUGUUCACCGUGCUGACCCGCCAGCCCUGUGGGCAAGGAGGCCUCAAGACCUUCUCCCGAGCCCCAGCCAUCAUCACCCUGGUGGUCUUGCUGGUGAGUGUUGUAGUGCUGGUGACAAUCACGAUCAUCCAGAUGCACCACAGAGAAGUUCUCCUUCCAGGGUUGAAGUUUGGAGUCGUGCUAGAUGCUGGGUCUUCCAGAACCACCUUCUACGUGUACCAGUGGCCAUCGGAGAAGGAGAAUGAUACCGGAGUGGUCAGUGAAACCUUCAAGUGUAGUGUGAAAGGCUCCGGGAUCUCCAGCUAUGGAAAUCGUCCCCAAGAGGCCCCCAAAGCUUUUGAAAAUUGCAUGCAACAAGUCAAAGCGCAGAUUCCAGAACAACUCCACAAAUCUACCCGCCUUUACCUGGGGGCCACGGCCGGGAUGCGCUUGCUCAGGUUGCAAAAUGAAUCUGCAGCCAAUGAGGUCCUUACAAGCAUCGAAAACUACUUCAACUCCCAGCCCUUUGAUUUCAGAGGUGCUCAGAUCAUUUCUGGGCAAGACGAAGGGGUCUAUGGAUGGAUUACUGCCAACUACUUAAUGGGAAAUUUCCUGGAGAAAAGCCUUUGGAAUAUGUGGGUGCAUCCCCACGGGGCGAAGACCACAGGCGCCCUGGAUUUAGGCGGUGCCUCCACCCAGAUAUCCUUUGCGGUGGGAGAGAAUGUGGAGCGGAACACCAGUGGGAUCAUGCAAGUGUCUCUCUAUGGAUACACGUACAAGCUCUACACACACAGUUUCCAGUGCUAUGGGCGGAACGAGGCUGAGAAGAAACUCCAGGCAAUAUUGCUUAAGAACGCUUCUACCAAAACCAGUAUCACCAACCCCUGCUACCCUCGGAAUUACACCACCAACUUCACCAUGGAGAAGAUAUUCAACAGCCCGUGCACAGCGAACCUGAAGCCCAUCAGCUAUAAACAUGAUGACAUCAUCACUUUUGAAGGCACUGGGGACCCAUCACUGUGUCGGGACACAGUAGCUCAUCUAUUUGACUUCAAAUCUUGCCAAGACCAGGAAAACUGUUCCUUUAAUGGGGUCUAUCAGCCAAAAGUGACAGGCUUAUUUAUGGCUUUUGCAGGAUUCUACUACACAGUCAGUGCUCUCAAUCUUUCAGAUACCUUUCCCCUGGAUACCUUCAACUCCAACACCUGGAAUUUCUGCUCACAGAGCUGGAGUCAGCUGCCACUGCUGCUCCCCAGGUUUAAUGAGAACUAUGCCCGCUCCUAUUGCUUCUCCGCCCACUACAUCUACCACUUGCUUGUGAAUGGAUACAGAUUCACGGAGGAGACCUGGCGCCAAGUCCAUUUUAAAAAAGAAGUGGGGAAUAGCAGUAUAGCCUGGUCUCUCGGCUAUAUGCUCAAUCUGACCAACCAGAUUCCAGCCGAAAGUCCCCUGAUCCACCUGCCCCUGGAGCCACGGGCCUUUUGGGGCAUCCUCAUCUUCUUCAUGGUAAUGGCCGUGAUGUGUCUGGCGUUUCUCGUGUACUUUUACAUCUCGUCCAGGAAUAGCAGACCCUCCCAGCACGCCUUUGACAACGCAGUGGAUUCCGAAUGACCCUCCAGAAACAGCUCCUGGAACUCAAGGGCUGCCUGGAACCAAUGUGGUGGCACCUGCCAGCACAAGCGAACACACAACUAAAGUCACGUUCCAAGGCUGGGUGCUUUUCUGAUACCGGUUUAGGUGGUAGCAACUUUUAGAAAGACCUUCUGCUCCUCUGAUCUGUUGCUCCUCCUUAGAGCCCACCGGCCAUCCACUGAACUGCUGGGAGACAGAGUGACAACAAGGUCGGGCUCUUCACACCAAGUGCCCAAGAGGAAGAAUAAGUUGAAAGUCCAGCAGUUUCAUGUUGUUUCAAUAUUGACCCCAAUUUUGCAUUUUUCUUCCCUUUAUUCUGGCCCAAUAAGCACUUGGUCUUGUCAGGUGUCUCACUUGAUGGCUUCCUCCUCAUGGACCUUAACUAAAACUUCCCUUUCCCACAAACACUGGACUCCCUCCAGUGGGUAUCUGGAGGCACAGACUUUCCCCCAAGUGGCUACUGCUGGCUCCCUUCAUGAAGGCAGAUUCAAAAGGAAAGAAGCCCGUGGAAAAUCUGAUGACUGGUGAAAUGAAAUUCGUGAAAUGGGAUUCCUGUUCAGGGCUCUUGCUCCAGAUGUCAACCUGCACGUGUCUCCUCAUGCUCCCCUCCCCCUCCACGCUCUGUGUCCUCUGGGCAUAUUUUUACCCAGGGGACUGUCCCAGUUCAGUCGUCCUGCCUUAGGGCAGUGGCCUUUGCACGGCUAGUAAGUGCGUCAUCCUCUCUUCCCCGCAGGCGGAUUUGGUACAUCUCAGGUCUCCUUUUCUGGGAUUUGUUGACCAGUUACUUUGCUGAAUGCAAAGUAGCCAGAGUUCUUGACUCUGGGGAGAGAGGGGGAAAACUGCAGAGACAUUCGUUUCAACUACAGAGUUGACAAGAAAGAACUCUAGCAACUAGUAGUUUCAACCUUCAAGCCAACCUUAUCUCAGCUUGUGAUUUACUAGUUGCACAUGGAAGAAAGAAUUCUCAUUUUGACUGAUAAUGUUUAUUUGUUCAUGUGCAAAUGGUAUUCAAAGGACCCAAAAUGGUAUUUAUGAGAGGAAGUUUUAAAAAUCAAGAACAUUUUCUCCCCAAAUCUUUCCUAGUGGAUUAAAAAAAAAAAUCAUGCAUUCACAUUAACUGUAAGUUUACCCCUGAGAGGUCCAAGUGCUGUGCUUUGCAGACCCGGGGCAUGGCUCAAUAGUUGAAUGUGCCUGUUUUGCUAGUGUGCAGCCAUAAGUUCAGCCCCCCCCUGCCCCCUCCCAUCCGACCUCUGCUGUCUGGAAUUACAACAGAGUAUGCAAUCUCCAGCAUACAGCCCUGGAAUUAGAGUGUGUGGCUCCUGGCAAACACCACAACUACAUAGAUGUGGCAGCACCUUGGCCAAGUGCUGCUGAGCAAGUGUGAGCACCAAGGAGAUUCCCGUCAAUACUGCGGCAGAAGGUGCAUGAAGACCACAAUCGGGUGUGCGUGACGACCCACCUUAUUAACACACACACACACUCUAAACCAAAGAUGUGCAAUCUCCUGCUAACUCUGUGGUCAAGCAUGCAAGAGCCACAGCCAGAAUGAGCAUGGCCCUGGUCAUUGCCAGAAAGACAGCAAAAAAAAAAGAGAAGGAAGGAGGGUUUCAAAGAAGUGCUUCACUUUGAUAAACCUUUGGCUGCUUCAGAUAACUGAGUUGAACAUUUGUUUAUCUGAUUUUCAAAGCCUCUGUGAGGCCAACCAACCUUUCAGAUCUCGAUUAUCAGAAUGAACACUCCCAUCUCAAGCCCUGUCUCGAUUGUAAAACCUUCUUUCCCUGUUCAACUAAUAUGGAUUCUUCACGGUCCAAUUCUAGCUCUUUUUCUUUCACAAAGCUUUCCUGGCAUACACACACAUUCAUGCCCCCACACACACCCACCCACACACACACACACACACACACACACACACACAAAGAGAGAGAGAUCUGCCUCCAGUAUUAGUAAUAUAAAUCCAUCUUUGUGAAUAUAGAUGGCAAAUUAUUAAAUCAAGAAUAGGCUACUUAAAGGCAAAGUCUUGCUCAUUCAGCAGACUUCUAAAAAUACUCACUAUGAACCAGGUGUGCUCUGGGUUCUGAAUAGCGUUAUGAAUGUAGUAAACUGUAAAAAAAUAAAACGCCAACGGGCGUGUGCACUUGCGGGCUCUCGGGGCGGCUCUGUCUCACUGCCUGCGUUUGGUGUUCUGGAACCACUGUGUAUGGGCUGGAUCGGGACGGCCGUUGGCCAAGGACAGGCGAAGGAAGAAUGAGGACCACGCUGGUUGCUGAUUAGUUACUGUUUAUUCAAUCUUCCAUCUUUCUCAUCUCCAGCACUCCCAGCUCAGUCCUCUCUGGAUCUACCACAGCAUCUCUGGAUUCUCUUUCACUCUGUCUCUUUCCCUACUUGUCACUCUUCACCUUGCCCUCUAGGCUACACACAGCCAAGUAGCAAAAUCAACAUAAGAAAGCCCUUCCUGAGGGCCGGGCAUUCCAAAGCCCUUCCUGACUGCCAGCAGGUAAAAUACCUUUUAAGGUUUUUCUCCUUUCCUUAGUCCAAGAACUUAUUCACAUCUGAAUACUAGUUAUUUUUGUAUGGACAUAGCAAGAGAUAUAUUGAGGCUUGCAAGGUAGCUCUCCUGGGAACAUCUUGCCACAGACUCAGACUACAGCACUCAGGCCAGAUUAAUCAUUCCUAACGCUAGCAGGGUCCGAAUCUAGUUAUCACUGUUUGGAUCGUGACAACAUUUGUCCAUAACCAAGCUCUUAACUUAUAGUUAAGCAUUAGGCACUUUGGUCAGGCCCAUCUCGAUGCCAGGGUAACACACAACUCACCGCUUGCCCUGGGUCCGUCCUGUCCCUCGUUGGGACCCUGCUUUUUGGGGGUGCUAGGAAGUAAGGGCAGCUGAGGCUUAGAUCGAGAGAACAGAUGCCCAGGAGUAAAAUAUCAUGUAGAAUCAAAUGACUCCCAGGUUAUAAAAGCAUAGCAUUUGCUAAGUCUUCCUGUGUUCAUACAAAAAGGGCAUGGCUCUGAAUAAACUAUGCAAAGGACUCAAGGAGAAGAGAAAAACAAUAUUUACAAGUCAACAGAACACUAAGAAAGAAGCUACAGAUAAACACAGAGGAAUGGGAACACUGUGAUGGGAGUAACCUAAUAAACCUAAACUAUCUGAAGCUAUGUAAUCCUACAGUAAAUCACUGUAUCUCUGUAUCACUGUCAUCCCAUUGCUCAUCAAUUUGCUCGAACGGGCACCAGUAAUGUCUCCAUUGUGAGACUUGUUGUUACUGUUGUUUGGCAUAUCGAAUAUGCCACAGGUGGGCUCUACUGUGCAGGUGAGAUACUCUCGGUAGCUUGCCAGGCUCUCUGAGAGGGGCAGAAGAAUCAAACCUGGGUCGGCCACAUGCAAGGCAAACGCCCUACAGGCUAUGCUAUCACUCCAAUCAACAUAUUUACAGAUGGAUGCUAUUUCCUCAAGUGAGUGAGACUGUACUGUAAACUAGAGAGAUAUCAGAUAGAAAAUAGCACCCAAGAGGG